GAUCAUGGUGACUCUUACUGACCUGCCGGAUUCGGUGCUGCUGGAAAUCUUCUCUUACCUCCCGGUCCGGGACCGGAUCCGCAUCUCCAGGUGCGGCCCCUCUCCUCGGGGGAAAGAGCCGGGCAGGGGGCGCACCCGGAGAUGCGGCUCCGGCCCCAGCGGGGCCGGGGUCGUUCUAACGGCGGGUCCCCUCCCCCAGGGUCUGUCACCGCUGGAAGAGGCUGGUGGACGACCGGUGGCUGUGGCGACAUGUCGACUUGACGCUCUACACGGUAUUGUCCUCAUUCUGGAAAUCUUCUCUUACCUCCCGGUCCGGGACCUGAUCCGCAUCUCCAGGAAUUGAAUCCAGGGCCUCAUGCUUGCCAGAUGAGUUGCUCUACCACUGAGCUACACUGAAGUCAAUUUCUUUUUAAGAUGCGGCCUAAAGUCAUGUGGCACCUCCUUCGCCGAUACAUGGCAUCUCGGCUCCAUUCCCUGCGGAUGGGUGGCUACCUCUUCUCUGGCUCUCAGGCCCCCCAGUUGUCCCCUGCCCUGUUGAAAGCCCUGGGCCAGAAGUGCCCCAACCUGAAGCGCCUCUGCCUGCACGUGGCUGACCUGAGCAUGGUACCCAUCACCAGCCUGCCCUGCACCCUGAGGACCCUGGAGCUGCACAGCUGUGAGAUCUCCAUGGCCUGGCUCCUUAAGGAGCAGGACCCCACCGUGCUGCCCCUGCUCGAAUGCAUCGUGCUGGACCGUGUCCCUGCCUUCCGUGACGAGCACCUGCAGGGCCUGACACGUUUCCGGGCCCUGCGCUCUCUGGUGCUAGGUGGCACCUACCGUGUGACCCAGACGGGGCUGGAUACCAGCCUGCAGGAGCUCAGCUACCUGCAGAGGUUCGAGAUGCUAGGUUGCACCCUCUCAGCGGACAGCACCCUGCUGGCCAUCAGCCGCCACCUCCGAGGUGUGCGCAAGAUCCGGCUGACCGUUGGGGGCCUCUCUGCUCCUGGCCUGGCUGUCCUGGAAGGAAUGCCAGCCCUGGAGAGUCUGUGCUUACAGGGCCCCCUCAUCACCCCAGAAAUGCCCACUCCAGCUGAAAUUGUUUCCUCCUGCCUCACCAUGCCCAAACUCAGAGUGCUUGAGCUGCAGGGGCUGGGCUGGGAGGGUCAGGAGGCUGAGAGGAUCCUGUGUAAGGGGCUGCCCCACUGUAUGGUCAUUGUUAGGGCCUGCCCCAAAGAGUCCAUGGACUGGUGGAUGUAACUGUGCCACUGUCCCAGCUUUCACAGUUGGUGAAAGCCCUUGAUGAAAGACCCUCUGAGCAGCAAAUUGAAGAGGGCAGCUUAUGGGGCUUGAGGGAACUGAAGGUGACAGGAGGAGACAGUGAAGGCCUUGGGCCUCCAGACAGUGGGAAUCGUUGGCCAGCUGUGUGGCCUCAGCCUCAGCAGCCUGCCUCUGGAGGCCCAGUUCUCACAUCUACAAAUAGAGAUCCGAGCUACCUCAGGAUUGUGUUGCAUAGCCUUACUCUGACAGCCCCCGCCCUCAGAAGCCCUUGAUGAAGGUCAUUCUCCAGGUCAUCCUCAGAGUUGUCCUCAAACCAGAUGGGUGGAAUUAAGAGCUAGAAGGACCUGAGGGGCCAAGUUCCUCCAGUGAUACCUGGAAAGACUAUACAUGUGUACCCACACGCCUGUGCACCAUUUCUAUAUGUACACACAAGAGGCACAGAGAUCAAGGGCAAAUGAGGCUUGCCAUUCAUAAUCAAAAUGUUCAUGAAGGUUCUCAGUUGUAUUUUCUGUAUUUUCUACCUUUUCCAAGUUUUCCACAGCAGAUAUUAUUUU